CGCAGAAAAUGUAAAGAAAUGAGUAAAGAAUAAAUCUUUCCUUUUAACAUUUCUUUACAAUUGUAUCAAGCUAACAGUUAAUCAAUGGUUUUCGGUAUACAUGUGUGUCGCUACAUUUGCUUCGGAGGGGUUGUUAGAUGCUGCAAGGGACGCAGUGUGUUGUAUAAAAAUCUGUUCCAGCCUGCUUUACAAUAGUGUUGUUCAGUAGUGAUGAACCAUGUGUUAGUGCAGCGUAGUUGGCCAAUCGUGUAUGCUGCCCUUUAUAUUAGCUUCUCAGACGUGCUACGAUUCCGUGAUCUAGUUCGUUCUUUGCUUCGAUCAAAUCUUAGCGGCGUUUCGUAUUAUGUUGAACAGAUUAAUUCAGUGAAUAUGAAAAAAGUAUCGUUAUUCUAUGUUUAAGGAAGGCCAUACAAUGUUUUUGCAAACAACGGGAUAAAAUGAGAAACGUUGCAGCAACGCUGUUUGUUAUUCUCACUGUCUUCAAAAUAAGGGCUGCUAAAUGUUUUGUAUCGACGGUGCUUUGCUCGCGUAUGCCAGGUCUGACUCAAACCCAGCGUCAGAUAUGCACUGAAUCAUCAGAUGCGGUUGUAUCUCUAGCAUCCGGUCAGUGGAUAGGAGCAAAUGAAUGCCAAAAACAGUUCCAUGGUCAUCGUUGGAAUUGUACUCACGUAUGGAAUACUGAUAUGUUCGGGCAGAUAGUAGUGAUAGGUUCUAGAGAGGCUGCAUAUACUUAUGCUAUAACUAGCGCCGGUGCUGUAUAUUCAAUUACGACUGCCUGCGCUAAAGGAAACAUUACAACAUGUGGUUGUGAUAUGAACCAGAAAAUUUUCUCUUCUAGUGAGUCUGAAAACUGGAAAUGGGGAGGCUGUUCUGUGGACAUUGGCUACGGCAUGCGGUUUGCUAAAAAGUUUCUCGAUGCCCGUGAAAUCGAAAACGAUAACCGGAGUCUAAUGAACAUGCACAAUAACCGCGUAGGAAGAAAGCUAGUAAAGUUACUGCUACGAACAGAAUGUAAGUGCCACGGCGUAAGUGGUUCCUGCGCGAUGAAAACUUGCUGGAAAAGUUUGCCUUCGUUUCAUGUUAUUGGCGAUGCCAUGAUGAAGAAAUAUCGCAAAGCCAAACUUGUUCACGGUAUUAACAUUAGAAAUAAUCAACCGCAACUCGUGUUGAAACGAAAAGUGAACAAACCGUUGCUCAAAAAUGGGAAGACACUGGGUGACAGUCAAAUUCCAAAGAGAACUGAAUUGGUUUAUCUGGAGCCUUCGCCUAACUAUUGCGAGCGUAAUAUCAGUAUUGGAGUACUCGGUACAGCCGAUCGAAAUUGCAACCGCACUUCGCAAUCCAUAGAUCAUUGUGAUCUACUGUGCUGUGGACGAGGCUACAACACCCAUCAGAUCGAACGAACCUGGCAGUGUAAUUGUAAGUUUAAAUGGUGCUGCACGGUUACAUGCGAUGUAUGUUCAGAGCGAAAGGAAGCAUACACUUGUAAAUAAAAUAUGAUCAUAAUGUUCACUAAAUAAAUUCACUGUCUAUCGAUAGA